ACCGGGCACUGUUGUUCAUGCGUCAGUGGAGUUUAAGAUGGCGGCCACCUUGACAAAAGCACUUCCAGGUUUGCUAAGACCACUGUCGGUGUUGGGAAGACACUGUGUCACUAAAGCUGUCAAAGUCACAUAUCAUAGCCCUCGCUUCUCAACUCUGGUGCAGAGACAUGUGUUAAGACCACUGCCUCUUCAUAACACUGUCCAACAGACUUCUCUACUGGAUCGUGUAACCCCACUCAUCCCUUCCUUCAAGCUCCAGCCAUGCCAGCCAUGUAGAAACUUAACAUACUACAGUAUUAAAAAAGGCAAAAGGAAGUCUGUGAAGUCUGUUGUGCAAAGGUUCCUAAGGCUACACUGUGGUCUGUGGGUGAGGAGAAAGGCUGGAUAUAAGAAAAAGCUGUGGAAAAAGUCACCAGCCAGAAAGAAGCGUCUGAGAGAACAUGUAUUCUGUAAUAAAACUCAAUGUAAACUGUUGGAUAAAAUGACUACUUCCUUCUGGAAAAGAAGAAACUGGUACCUCAAUGAUCCCUACCAGAAGUACCAAGAAAGAGUUAACCUAAAAGUGUGAAACAAAUCAAUGACAAAUACACAAUAAAUAAUUAUUAUAUCCACAUUUCUGUUCUACAUAAAGCAAAUGUGUUUUGUGUGCUAUUUAAUUAACAAUUUACUGUACACUGUCUAACAAUAAAUAAAGCUUUCAAGACAUUA